AUGCAUUCCGCUUUCAUUAUUGCUGCUGUUUUGGUUGUUGCCAACGGAGUCAAUGGACAAUUAGCUGGCGGAUUAUCUGAUGUAAACGCGACGGAGUACACGAACACAGCAUGGAAAUCAGUUCCAGAGAUCAACGAAAAGAAUAAUGGUCAAACUUAUUUGGUUCCAAUCAAGGUCGUGAAAGCCCAAGUCCAAGUUGUGGCCGGAACAAACACGGUUCUAGAAGUUCUUGUUGGAGAAUCAACAUGUACUAAAGGAGGAUCAGUUACAGCUGAGAAAGUAACCUCUGCCAAUUGUCAGCUGAAAUCUGGAGGACAACGAUCACUUUACAAAGUUUCGAUCUGGGAGAAACCAUGGGAGAAUUUCGAGCAAAUUACUGCAGAGAAGAUCCGAGAUGUUCCUGCUGAGGAGAAGAUUUAA